UAAUGCAGAAUUAGAAACUUUGAGAUGUAUUAAUGGAGUAGCUAGAAAUAGAACUUUAAUUCAUGGAAUUCGUUAUGCUUGCACUAAAACAAGAAAUAAAAGACGUUUUUGUAAAUUUAUGCUUUUGUGCAAAUUUUUGGAUUCUCAGCUUAGAGAUGAAGGCCCUAUGCAUAUUUAUUACCGAGGAGAACAUUGUCAUCGAGCAAAUAUUGUUAUGCCAAUGAAAAAGAACAACAUUAAUUCUCAAAAUAAAAAGAAAAAGGAAAAUUUAUAA